CACGCGGUGGCAACUUCACUCCGGACCGUCGGAGCUGUCGGUGGGCGAGCUCGGCGGCGAGAGGUGGUCGUGGUGGCGAGACCCUGAGGGCGAGACUGCGAAAGACGGCGUGGCACGCGCGCCCUUGUCAAAAAGUCAUAGUAAUCGCGUAGAAUGGGAAGAUUACAGAGGAAUGGUGCGGUGCUAGUGGUAAUAUGCCUCCUGAUAGAGACAAAUGGCUUCUACGUGCCUGGAGUUGCCCCAGUGGAGUUCAAAAAGGGCCAGAAGAUCGACGUCAAAGCGGUCAAGAUGACCAGCACUCACACGCAAUUACCAUAUGAAUAUUAUUCCCUUCCGUUCUGCUUACCCAAGAACGGGACGUUUAUUUACAAGUCUGAGAAUUUGGGAGAGGUGUUGCGUGGCGACAGGAUAGUGAAUACUCCAUACGAAGUUUUAAUGGGGGAAGAUAUCACCUGUAGGUUACUGUGUCACAAGCCAUCCAAGUUGAUGACUUGGAAUGAGGCAAAUUCUCAGCACGUUAUUCAGAUGGUCCAGCAUGAAUAUUUCGUGCAUUUGUUGAUAGAUAAUCUGCCAGCAGCUACUAGAAAGAAGCACAAAGAAACGAAUAACGUAGUGGUUUAUCAGGGGUACCGCCUGGGCGGAAUUAUGAACGAUCAAGUGUACAUCAAUAAUUAUCUUAAGCUAAAGCUAAGCUUUCAUAAACAUGGCGAAAAUGAAUUUAGAGUAGUUGGAUUCGAGGUGGAGGCUCGAUCGGUCGACACGUCGCAAUUGAAAUUCAAUGGGAACACGUGCAGUCUGCCGAGCGAAACGAACCCACAAAUCGUCAAUCCGAAGGGCACAAGCCUUCUCUUUCUGUACUCGGUGGAGUGGAAGCAGUCGGAUGUCAGCUGGGCAAGCAGAUGGGAUGUAUACCUCGGCAUGAGUGACGUCGAAAUUCACUGGUUCUCAAUCAUCAAUUCGCUCAUCGUCGUCUUCUUCUUAUCUGGAAUUCUUACGAUGAUCAUGGUGAGAACGCUCAGGAGAGACAUAGCCCGCUACAAUGCGGGCGAGAGCGACAGUCUGGCCGGUCUGGAUGAAACGAUCGAGGAGACCGGCUGGAAACUGGUCCAUGGGGACGUGUUUCGGCCGCCUACCAAUUCACGCUUGUUUGCCGCUGUGAUCGGCAGUGGCAUCCAGAUAUUUUUCAUGGCUCUGAUCACAAUAUUCUUUGCUAUGUUGGGAAUGUUGUCGCCAGCGAGUCGAGGAGCCUUGGGAACCUGCGCGAUAUUUUUGUACGUGUUCUCUGGUUUAAUCGCUGGUUACUUCUCGGCCCGAUUGUACAAAACUAUGCGGGGUCGAGAGUGGAGAAGAGCCGCUUUACUGACGGCAACGUUCUAUCCAGGUAUAGUUUUCACGACGUGCUUUUUCCUAAAUUUCUUCAUAUGGGGAAAGCACAGUUCUGGUGCGGUCCCCUUUACCACAAUGGUGGCCCUGCUGUGCCUCUGGUUCGGCAUCUCGUUACCUCUCGUCUUUCUCGGUUACUUCUUUGGCUAUCGCAAACAACCCUUUACGCAUCCAGUUAGAACGAAUCAAAUCCCCAGACAAGUUCCUGACCAGCUGUGGUAUAUGAAUCCAAUAUUAUGCACUCUAAUGGCUGGAAUCUUACCAUUCGGCGCGGUAUUCAUCGAACUCUUCUUCAUCCUGACGGCACUUUGGGAAAAUCAGUUUUACUAUCUUUUCGGAUUUCUAUUUCUUGUUUUUUGUAUCCUUGUAAUCUCGUGCUCGCAGAUAUCAAUAGUUAUGGUCUACUUCCAGUUGUGUGGCGAAGACUACAGGUGGUGGUGGCGCAGCUUCAUUGUCAGCGGCGGAUCGGCGGUCUAUGUGCUGGCGUACUCCGUCUUUUACUUCGUCACCAAACUGAAAAUCACCGAGCUGGUGCCGACCCUCAUGUACUUCGGCUACACCGCGCUGAUGGUUCUCACGUUUUGGCUCCUGACUGGCACGAUUGGCUUCUUCGCCGCGUAUGCCUUCAUCAGGAAGAUAUACGCGGCCGUCAAGAUAGACUAGUCAAAAUUAUCAUUAGUAGAGUAAUGCGAGUGAAUAAAUUUAGACUUUUAAUUUAAUCGAGCGAGAGAGAAAGAGGGGGAGAAAAAAGGAAUGUGAACGAGAGAGAAAGAGAGUGAGAAAAAUGUAGAGAGUUAAGUAUCGUAGGAAUGAUAAGAAAAAAUGAAGGACGCAUCUCAUCUUCCAUCUCGUAAAAUUUCGAAACUGCGAAGACGUUGCACAUAAUUUUGUAACUGACGUGUUACAAACAUUUUGACGUGUUAAUAUACGAUUACUAUGUGUCUAUUCUUGCGUCCGUUAUAAUGAGUACAAUGUAAGCUCCACGUUUGCCGCAUAGCUCAGAAAAACUCGCAAAUAUAAAAAUUGAGACGGUGCGAGAAAGGAAAA